AUGAAAUCCGCUGUGAAAGCACAAACGAAAUCCGGUAAAAAGGAGGAAAAAGAAAACGAAUCUCCGAAAGAGUGGAAACUCGAACCCGAACAUGAAUUUCGGUUUGAGGUUGACUUUGGAACGACAGUGAAACUUAAAUUGAUUGAAGGUACUGCGGAGAUCUUUGGCACAGAAAUUGGCAUAGGUCCGGAAUAUGAAUUCAGUGGUCGUAAAGUAGCCGUGUUUACUUGGCACGGAAAAUCUAGUGUCGAGUAUCUGGCCAACGAAACACCGAUGGUCAGUUAUCUUAAUAUGCAUUUAGCGCUGGAGCAAUGCAGAGAGGCAGCAAGAGAAAGGGGUGGACCGGGUCCAAGGGUAAUGAUUGUAGGACCAGAGGAUGUGGGAAAAACUUCUCUAACAAAAAUUCUACUCAGUUAUGCAUUACGACAAGGCCGACAACCAAUAUUUGUAGAUCUUGACACGAACGAGGCGAGUCUACAUUAUCAACCUUCUUUCCGAAAUCUCUAUGUAAAUAAAAUUGAUGAUGAUGAUGACACACCCACAUUCAAUCAGGGAACUGUUACAAUACCUGGAGCUCUGACUGCCACGCCAAUCAAUCAAAUACUUGACGUGGAAGAAGGUUUCGGAUCCUCGGCGACUACUUUGCCAUCGAUAGGAUCUUCUACUACGCCGAUAGUAUAUUAUUAUGGGUACGCGGAACCAGGAGAGAAUGUUAAAUUGUAUAAAAUACUUACCGCGCGAUUGGCAAAUACCGUUAAUCUUCGAUUGGAUCAGGAUGAAGAUGCGAGAACCUCGGGAUUGAUAAUUGAUACUAGUGGGUUAAUUGAUAAUAAUGUUGGGUACGAAAUAUUGCAACAUUGUAUCCAAGUGUUUUCUGCAAAUAUUAUAAUCGUCCUUGGACACGAGAGAUUAUACAGUGAUAUGGCGAGAUUAUAUAAAGAUCAAUCGGAUAUAAAAGUACUGAAAUUAUCCAAAUCCGGUGGGGUUGUCAAUAGAGACAAAAUGUUCCGUCGACAAUCGCAAAUGCGAAAAAUUCAAGAAUAUUUCUAUGGAACCUCAAAAGUUGGACUUCAGCCGUUUAAUGCCUCUAUUGAUUUUCACUCUCUUUCAAUUUAUCGUGUUGGGUUCGGAUCUUUGGCACCUUCAUCUGCACUGCCUAUAGGCAUAGACAGAAAAGUCAGCGAAACACAACUUGUUAGAGUUGAACCAGACGAGACGUUGCGUCAUUCGAUUCUCGCGUUAAUUACGACUGAUAGUCCUGAGGAACCUGCUUUAUUGGAAGCGAAUGUUUCUGGAUUUCUUUAUGUUUCAGAAAUUGAUAAUGUCAAACACAAGAUGACUAUUUUGUCACCUUGUCCUGGGCGUCUACCAAAACCGUAUGCUCUAAUUGGUGGUUUUAAAUGGAUGGAGGCUUGA